AUGCCUUGGUUUACAGACCCUCUCGUGUGGAUUGAUUGCGAGAUGACCGGACUCGAUCCCGAGGCGGAAUCAAUCCUCCAGAUCGCAUGCUUCGUCACCGACUACGACCUCAACUUACUAGAGAAGGAUGGCUUCGAAGUCGUGAUUCAUCACAGCGCGAAGACCCUCGAGAAAAUGGGCGAGUGGUGCCAGCAGCAUCACGGUGAUUCAGGACUCACAAAAGCCUGCGUUGCGUCCGAAGUUAGUCACGAGCAAGCCGCCACACGCCUCCUAGAAUACAUACAAAAGCUGGUGCCGAAAGCGGGAGAGGCACUCUUGGCUGGCAAUUCUGUUCACGCCGACAAGGCAUUCCUGGCCAAGUCGCCCUAUAACAUUGUCCUCGACCAUCUUCACUACAGAAUCCUGGAUGUCAGCUCUAUCAAAGAGGCUGCAAAACGAUGGGCACCUAACGAAGUUCUGGCGAAAGUGCCGCCAAAGUUGGGACUACAUGAGGCGCGUCAAGAUAUCAUUGAGAGCAUUGAGGAAGCUAGGUUCUACCGUGAUACCUUCUUCAAGCAGCCCUGA